UGAAUAGGGAACAAAAGGUAUCCCUUCUUUUUUUUGGUACUUGGCGCCUGGCGGUUUUUCCCGAUUGUCCCGCCGAGUCUCGGCUCUCGCAAUCAGUGAUGCUAACGUGCGCGCCCUUGCUAGCUCCGUAACCUUUCUUCGCUCGCUGGCUCACCACCUUCGCAAUUCCAUAUGAUUCAAGCCCUCAAAUUAGGGUUACGGUGUCCAAGUCCAGUGUGCUUUUCCACGGUGAAUUAUAGGGUCUCCACGAACUGUUAUCCGUCUCGUUUGUGCGUGAAAAUGACCUCGAAAAGGCUCCAUUCCAGUUCACGAGCACCCGUUGCAGAGAGCUCGGGCGAGUCAACUCGCGUCAACGUGCCGAAAUCGGAAAAGGGUGCCUCAAAGGUGUCUGCUGGGGAGAGUGGGAUUCUUGUGGAUGAGUUUGGUGCUAUCGAUAAAAUGACUGUUCAGGAGCUCAAAGCGAGGUUAAGGAGUAUUGGGGCUCCUGUGAAAGGUGCCAAGCACGAACUUGUCUCUGCAUUGAAGAGCUUUAUGAACAGUAAUGCCGAUGGCAAAGUUGAAGUUCCUUCAGAUCAAGAAUACCAAGUUAUCUCCAAAAGGAAGGUCGAACGAACAACUGAAGCCCAUAGUGAUCAACUUGCAAACAAUGUUUCGGACAUUUCAGGAAGUAAAAGAACAAAAAGGCAAGCAAAAUCUUUACAGAAUGAGGAAGAGCUUAUUGGGGAUAAGAAAGUCUCUUCAAGGACCACGAAAGCUCGUUUGAAUGUCGAGUUUUCUGUGGAUGAACCUUGGACUGUUCUUACUCAUAAGAAGCCACAAAAAGAGUGGACGGCCUACAAUCCUCGGAGUAUGAGGCCACCGCCUAUUGAUGCCGAUACUCCACAUGUGAAGCUAUUGUCUUGGAAUGUAAACGGGUUGAGAGCCUUGUUGAAGUUGGAAGGUUUUUCGGCUUUGCAACUUGCGCAGAGAGAAAAUUUUGACGUGUUGUGCUUGCAGGAGACAAAGUUACAGGAGAAAGAUGUUGAUGCAAUCAGGCAAUCUCUCCUGGAAGGUUAUGAUAACAGCUAUUGGACGUGUAGCGUCUCGAAACUGGGGUAUUCAGGAACAGCUAUCAUAUCACGGAUAAAACCUCUUUCUGUCAGAUAUGGUUUGGGCAUUGCGGAUCAUGAUAGCGAAGGUCGCCUCGUGACUGUAGAGUUCGAGGACUUCUAUUUAUUGAAUAGUUACGUUCCUAAUUCUGGUGAUGGUCUAAAACGACUGUCAUACAGAAUAACUGAAUGGGAUCCUUCUCUGAGCAACUAUAUGAAAGACCUGGAAAAGUCGAAGCCUGUUAUUCUGACAGGUGAUUUGAACUGUGCUCAUCAAGAAAUAGACAUUCACAAUCCAGCUGUGCGUAAAAUAUAUCUCACUUCCGUGGGAACAAAAGGAGUGCAGGCUUCACAGACGAAGAAAGAAAGUCAUUCGAGACGAACUUUUUGGACAGGGGCUUUAUCGACACUUUCAGAAAUCAACAUCCGAACAUUGUUGGCUAUACUUAUUGGGGGUAUAGACACGGUGGAAGAAAAGCCAACAAAGAUCCUACAACUCUAG